ACCACCACUACGGAGUGCAACAACACAUUGAACCACGAGUUUUAUUUGCGCACCGGCCAUUCAGUACUGUUGUUCCGACUCGCGUUGACCGCUGAUAAUUUUUUUUUAAAAUUCGAUUUAAUAUUACACACGAUAUCAAAAUGAGUACUGAAACCGUAAAUGCGUUGGUGUUCGACUACUUGAACUCGUUGGAUCAGAACCUUGCUAACAUGUUCCAGACCAAGACUAAAGCCUCAAAAUUGCAGAGAGGACAAACUAAAUUAACUCAGUUAAUUGAUGACCAUUUAAAGACUUCUAAAAAAACAAUUAAGUUGCAGAAAAAAGGACCUUCUGUAGAUCAAAUAAUUAAAUUAAGUAACGGUAAAGCAGCUGCAGUUGCCGACGAAGAAUCUGAAGAAGACAGUUCUGCUGAUGAAGUAGCACCUAAAUCAAAAGUUAAUGCUACAAAAACAAAGAAGGUAGAAAAAGAAGAAGAAAGUUCUGAAGAAGAAAGUUCAGAUGAUGAUGAACCACCUGUAAAAAAAGCAUGCAUUGCUCCUGUUAAGAAGCCUGUUACAAAAAAAGAAUCUAGUUCAGAAGAAGAGAGCUCAGAAGAAGAAACUCCUGCUCCAAAAAAACCUGUUACUAAACCAGUUGUUAUGCCUCCUGUAAAUAAGAAAGCUACUGCAGAAGAAUCAUCUGAAGAAGAUAGCUCUGAAGAAGAAAGUUCUGAAGAAGAAAAGCCUGCAGUAAAGAAAGCCCCUCAGGUACCUGUAAAAAAGGUAGUACCUGUUAAAAAAGCAGAGCCAGAAGAAAGUUCAGAAGAGGAAAGUUCUGAAGAGGAAACUGUAGUGAAAGUUCCAGCUAAAGUAGUUGCAGCUAAAAAUGGAAAGAAAGAAUCUAGUUCCGAAGAAGAAAGUUCUGAUGAAGAAGAUACCCCUCCAGCAAAGAAAACAGCUGUCCACCUAACUGCUAAAAAAACUGAAGAAUCCAGUUCUGAAGAAGAAAGUUCUGAUGAGGAAACUGUAGUUAAAACUCCAGCUAAAGCUCCUGUUUCUGCAAAGAAAGUUCAAAAAGAAGAAUCUAGCUCUGAAGAGGAAAGUUCAGAAGAUGAAACCCCAGCUACUACUAAACCAUCAAAAAAAACUGUAACUAAACCAGUUGUUGCUAAAGAAGAAAGUGAAGAAGAAUCUGACGAUGAUGACGAGGAGGAAGAAGUCAAAAAGACUCCAAAUAGUCAGAUCAAAAAUCAGCCAUUUGUCAAAGCAACAAAUGGAGAUGAUGAAAAUGAAAAUGGAACCAGCAACAAAUGGGGUGAAGACCGACAGGGAGGUUUCAGAGGUGGUAGAGGCAAUAGAGGAACAAGAGGAGGAUUUGGAUUCCGAGGUGGUCGUGGAGGCCGUGGGGGUUUCAAUCGUGAUGAUGAUGAUCAAAAUGGAGGUGGAAGAAACAGUUUUGGUAGAGGUGGUGGUGGUCGUGGAGGUGGUUUCAAACGUAAAUUUGAUGACUCUGGUGAUGGAGAAGGUGAAGGCGGUGGUUUCAGAAAGAGUUUUGGGAGUGGAGAUGAAAAUGGUGGAGAACGCCGCAGUUUUGGAGACAAAAGAGGAUUUGGCGGUAAUAGGUUUGGUGGUGGUGAACGAGGAGGUUUUGGAGGACGUGGUGGUGGUGAUAGAGGUCGAGGAGGAUUUGGUAGUCGUGGUGGUGGUGGAAGAGGCUUUGGUGGACGUGGUGGUGGAGAUCGUGGCAGGGGUGGUUUUGGUAAAGACAGAUAUUUCAAUAAAAGUUUUGACUCUAAUAGUUCAACACCACAAAACAAAAAAAUUAAAUUUGAUGAUUGAAAAGGUCAAUAUGAAAAUUGGGGUAAGAAAGCUGCUCUAGACUUACAAUACACAAAAGGAAAAUCAUUUAGACAUGAAAAAA